AUGAAGUGGAAUUCUCUUGCUCUAGCGCUUGCGCUGUCCGCGCAAAAUGUUUAUGGAGCUGCGACACCAGACGCUGAUGAAAUUGCUAAGCGUCAAUUUGCACAAGCAGCAAUGAUGCGCUUCGAAUGCUCACAGCUGGUUAUCGAGCGCCUCGAUCCCUUGGUCCAACCUGGAGUGACCCCAUCCUCCCAUUUGCAUCAAAUUGCCGGUGGCAAUUCAUUCACCGCUGAUAUGAAACCCGUCGAUUAUGAUCCCUCUAAAUUGUCCACCUGCACAUCGUGCACAUUCUCAGAGGACUUUUCAAACUACUGGACGGCGAACUUAUACUUUAAGGCUCGUAAUGGGACGUUCAGGCGUGUGCCACAGAUGGUCAAUUUGGGCCUCCAGGGGAAGAAUGGUGGUUUAACUGUUUACUAUAUUCCUCCAUAUGAUGGGAAGACUAAAGUCACUGCUUUCAAGCCUGGUUUCCGCAUGAUCGUCGGCGACCCCAUGCUCCGGACAGGCAAGAAUGAACAGAAGCAGCUCUGCCAUCGUUGCUUCAGCAACGUUGCUCAGAAUCCAUUCGGUGGUGCUCCUUGUACUGGUGAUGACACUUACACCCUUCCUACGAAGAUGUGUGGCGGAGGCAUUCGGGCGACCAUUACGUUCCCAACAUGUUGGGAUGGAAAGAACCUCGAUAGCCCUGACCAUAAGUCGCAUAUUGCCUACCCAAGUAGCGGAAGCUUUGAGUCCACUGGCCCUUGUCCAUCUUCUCACCCCGUCAGGCUCCCCCAGGUUAUGUACGAGGUAAUGUGGGAUACCCGGCCGUUCAACGACAAGAGUCUAUGGCCCGAGGAUGGUUCCAACCCAUUUGUUUAUAGCAUGGGUGACCCCACUGGAUACGGGUGGCACGGCGAUUACCUCUUCGGCUGGAAAGGCGAUGCCUUGCAGAAAGCUUUGGACGCUAGGUGCAGUGGCGACAAGUGCAGCGCACUCAAGACCCAGUCUGCAGCUGAUGCCAAUAAGUGCAUGAAAUCACAAGAUGCUAAAGAGCCGGUUGAAGGAUGGCUUACUGAACUUCCGGGAGGCAUGCCUGUUACAUACGAGUAA